GUCAUGUGACCACAUAGCCUAUCUAUAUCCUUAUUGAUGAAGUGAAAGACUUGCUUCAUAUCAGUGUAUUGCUGCUAGCGUUUGGUCCAUAAGAGAAGUUAUGGAAGUCCCCCAAAUGAAGAACGGGAGUCAUCAAUACCCUCAGGAAGACAUCAUGGAGGGAUGUCAGAAUGGAAUUUCAAUAGAUUUGUUCCUGCACUGUUCUCUCGUUCCUGCUAUCUGCAUUGUUGUUCUCCUCUCCUUUGUACAGCGUAGAGCAAGGGGUCAGCCCUUUGAGGAGCGCUUUCCAUAUCUCAGGGGUCGAUUUGGCAUUGUGGUGCCUCUGGAUUUCAUUUGCAGCCUAAGUAAUCGAUGGUCUUAUGGUUUUGCAUUUGGUGCUAUUGCUCCCAGUGUGCUUCAGCUGUUCUCUGAAUCAUACACCCCGUUUCCUGUGCCUAACUGGGCAAGAGCACUUCUUUACCUGGUGGGAGCAACUGAAGUUGGUGUGGCCUACCUGCCAUUCUUUGCUUGUCUAUCAACACCACACCGAGCACUAGGAGGGGUUUUAGGUCUUUUGUACACCCUCAUCUGGCUCAUUGUGAGACUGUAUGACACAAUAAGCUGUCCAUCUGGAAGGGUUUUAGGCAGUUAUGAGAAAUAUAUCAUCUUGUGGCCAUUCUUCCUGUGUUUGUGUUUCCUGCUGGGUCGGUUUGUGUAUAUCAUUGUGAAGGCAGUAAGAAUCCGCAUGCAACUACAAGCUGAUGAGAAUGAGGAGGAGUUGCAUUCUCAUCAGUUCAGAUAUGUACAGACUCUACUGAAACGGCCUCCUGAAUGGAUAGAAGAAAAAAGUUGGUUCCGGAGAAAAGUGUAUGACUGGGAUCCUCAUUUCAAAUUUCCUAACAGAAUGAUUGGCACUUCAGUUAUCUCUCUGAUUGGAUUGUACACGAUGACCAUAGCAGACUAUGGCUUGAGUGACUUCGCCUUUGAUAAGUUAGAUGCUUUGAGGGACUCAUUUGCAGAGAUUGCAUCAUCCUGUAACCAAACAGACAACAUCUUCACAUCCCUCUUACCAGGGCUGAAAGAGUUCAGCAAUGUUGCACGAAAAUCUUGGUUGGCGACAACUUUUUUAUCCACUCUGACAUCUGUUACAUAUACUUUUCAUGUGUUAGUAUGUUACCGGAAACAUUUGAGGAGGUUGUGGAGGGGGCAGAAAUCUUUUCUUCCAGAGAAGUUCCAUAAGCCAAGCCCUGCAGUCAGUGUGGCUGCUAUAACAAGGUACUCAGGCUGGCAGAUUGCCUUCACACUUUGGGGAUUUCUGAUAGUUCACUUUGUCCAGUUUAUUUUUACUUUGCUUUUUGUGUAUGGAGUUGUUUUACCAAUCCAUAAGGGACAUUUUCUCAGCUGGCUUUCUAGUGUAGCCAUAAUUCUGCUGACAAUAUUCAUUGUGAUAGCCAUAGUGGUAGUUCAGAUUGUUCUGGUUCAAAUGUUCUUCCUGCAAGACAAGCUAUCACCUGAGGACAAAGAGAAGCCCCUUGCACUCAACAACAGAAAGGCGUUCCACUGCUUUAACUACUUUUUUUUCUUCUAUAAUGUGAUUAUGGGGUUGAGCAAUUGCAUUUUACGUCUUUUAAGCAGCGCUAUUGUGGGAACAUGGCUGGUAUCGCGAAUUGAUCGGACCAUCAUGCAGCGGGGUUAUGAGUCCAUGGAUCCAGGAUACAGUACCUGGAUAGGGAUGAUAUUUGCUGAUCACUACCAUAGCAACCCUGUUAUGGUGUCUUUCUGCCACCUACUGCUUGGCAAAACACUGGAGAAACGGGAACCCAGAGCGACCUCAUAUGAAACUUUUAGCAGUACCACAGGAUGUUCAGUAGGGGGCAGAGUACGCGUGCGUUGGCUGCUGCUCUACACACUUCUGAGGAACCCUGCACUCAUCCUGCUUAGAAAGAGAAAAAAACAGGAACUGUAUGAAAACCAAGACCCUCUCCUUUUAGCCCGAGCCAUCACCUCACAGGCUCAACAAGCAGAUGAGCUUGUUUUCAACAAAACUGUCGAAACAGAUCCAACACAAUCAAACAUCUAAAAGAGCUGGGGCUCUUGAAAUCAAUUAUUGGAGACCAGAGCAGGGUCUGGUACUCUGUAACGAAGAGUGAACUGCAUCUGGACAGAGAACUGGUCUGAGUGAAAGCUGGACUCAAGAGCAGUGUGCAGGGUUCAGUUAGACUGCUUUUUGUAAGAGUUUUAUAUGUGUUUCUGAAACUAAUUUGAGUGUCUGAUUUGUUAGCAACUAAGUAUUAUUGGUCAAAUAGUAUUUUGUAAUAAAAAAUUUGUUUGGGUGAAUUAACUUCACUGGUAUAUUGUGGAUGCAGGGCUGUCACUUUACUGAGGCCAGGACAAACAAAUAAGGGUGGGCUUCAGCUCCCAUACACAAUGUGUUUUUUGGCACCCUCAUCACAGGAGAAAAAUAUAGAUUCAGACAGAACACCAAAAAGGGGUGGGCACUCCACACCAGCAGGAAAGAUAUAGGGAGCCACUAACCUAACCCUUUGCCCAAGUAGGUAUAGCUGCAAGCCGGAGAUCUCCAAAUGGGUAUGGAAUCUCCAAAAGAGGGAAGGGUUUCUCCAAAAGCGGGUUGUGCCGUCACUAAAAGGGGGCGUCACUUUAUUUUCACUCAACCAUAUACACAAGUGCAACAGUGGGUGAAAGUCUUGGGUGCAGGUCCGAGCAACACAACAGUCAAGACAUAUACCAAUUUACAAUAAACAUCAGAUUUAGGUGUGUAAUAUUCCUUAGAUGAAAGAAAGAGAAUCAAAAGAAAUAGAUGAGUCAAAUAGGAUGCCAAGAAUAUGGUCAAUACCCUGACCUCUUUUGGAGAUUCUGCCCACAUCACAGGGCCCUGGUCAACAAGUUAUCGCCACACUAUGUGUCAGAUGGUGGUAACAAAUGUAUACCAUGGUACUUUGAUAUACAGGAUGGUACUGAAUUGAAAACUCUUAAUUUAAACUUUGAAAUAAAAUAGACCACAACUCUUUGCAAAAAUGUACUGUUGGAGUAGCCUACCAUGAUGUAAUGGCAUUAGAAGGUAAUGCCAUGGUAUUCUGAUGGUACUGAAUGAUUACCUUUUUCAUGAACUAUGGUAUUUACAUGGAAUACAAAGUACUUAAGAGAACACAAGGGUACAAGUCUAAAGAACAUGGUAGUACCGCAGGACUGAGUUGUUAGUGAUUUUUUGUUAGGAAGAGUGAUUUUUUGUAUCCAGGUAUGAAUGAUAUGUUUUCAUCCAGUGAUUCCUUUAAUGAAUAGAUUUAAAGUUAUUUAUUAUGACGCUAGUUUGUUAGUGCAUGACUGUCAUCAAUUCGUUCUCGCAGUUGUGUUGAGUUAUUUGCAAUCAGUGCCUUUACAAAUCAAGAUCACAAACUGACUUCAAUAAAUACCAAGAAUACAUCAAAUCAUGCUAAAUUAACUAACGUAUUUGGUAACGCUAAAAUCACAAGGUGAUAACAUGCAUACGCGC